UGAAACUGUGUAAAACAAUAAUGUUCAACCUCAAGGUACCAUUGUGUGGACAGGAAAAUCCUCAGCUGCAAAGUCUCUGAUUCUCAACAGAGGUACGCUCCAUAGAGUAAUUCGUCCUUUCUCUUAAGCGAUGCUGAAUCAAACCUCAGUCACUGCAUUUCUCCUCCUGGGAGUCACAGACAUCCAAGCACUGCAGCCUUAUCUCUUCGUGGUUUUCCUUGCAAUUUACGUGGUCAGUGUGGUUGGCAAUGGAGCAGUCCUCCUGGUUGUCGUCUCUGAUCCAAGACUCCAUUUACCCAUGUAUUUCUUCCUGGGAAAUCUGUCGUGUCUAGAUAUCUGCUACUCCACGGUGACACUGCCAAAGAUGCUGGAGAACUUCUUCUCUACACACAAGGCAAUUUCCUUCUUGGGAUGCAUAAGCCAGCUUCACUUCUUCCACUUCCUGGGCAGCACGGAGGCCAUGCUGUUGGCCGUGAUGGCCUUUGACCGCUUCGUGGCCAUCUGCAGGCCACUGCAUUACUCUGUCAUCAUGAAUUACCAGCUCUGUACCCAGAUGGCUGUCACGGUCUGGACCAUUGGUUUUUUCCAUGCCCUGUUGCACUCCAUGAUGACCUCUCGCUUGAACUUCUGUGGUUCUCAUCAGAUCCAUCACUUCUUCUGUGAUGUCAAGCCUUUGCUGGAGUUGGCCUGCGGGAACACGGAGCUCAACCGGUGGCUUCUCAACACGGUUACCGGGACCAUUGCCAUGGGCCCCUUCUUCCUAACACUUCUCUCCUACUUCUCCAUAAUCAUCUCUCUUUUCUCCAAGACCCACUCCUGUAGUGCACUCCACAAAGCACUGUCCACGUGUGCCUCUCACUUCAUGGUGGUCAUGGUUUUCUAUGCUCCUGUUGUCUUUACUUACAUAUCUCUUGCCUCAGGCAGCUCCAUGCAGGACCAGGUCGCUGCCAUCAUGUACACUGUGGUCACUCCUAUGCUGAACCCACUGGUCUAUACACUGAGGAACAAGGACGUGAAGGCUGCCUUGAGUAGGGUCUUCAGAAGGAGGGACGACCUGAGCAAAUUCAGAGCACACUUCUAAGAAAGGAACCAACAGGAGAUGAUAAAGUUGGUGUGUGAGGUUAGACUGCUUCUCAGAUCAUGUACAAUAUGUGUAAUAGGUGGAGCUGUCCAAAGAUAAAUGAGAAAGUCCAGCCUGAUUGUGUUAAAUAAAGCAUUCCUAGGUACCAUAAUGGAAACAUGAACCCAUGGGACACCAGCCAUAGAAUCCUAAUGUUCAAUAUGUGUGCAGGAUAUGAGUUCAUAAAAAUGAUUUUUAAUGUAUUUUUAUGGAUUCUCUAAUGACAUCAGGGAUAGAAAUAUGCCUAUAUACUCAUAUAUUAGGUACAUGAAUGCUACUUAUGGCUCUUUGUGUGGCCCAUCUACUUAACAUAUUUUAUGUGAGUAAAAAAAAAAUUCUUAUAUUGUUACAUUUUGAGGAUGAAUUUUGAGCCACAUUUACUGAAUAGGAUAAGAAAUGGUAAUUCUCAGGGGCACCUGGGUGGCUCAGUCGGUUAAGCCUCCAACUUCGG